UUCGAGGCGCGACGCGCGACGAUGAUGACGGCAGCGCGCCAAGCCGCAGUCGGCCGGGAGCGAGUUUUUUUUCCAUUUCAACGAAUCAUAUAGUUAUAAACGUUAUCCGUUUUCCGUUUGCGUCAGUGUAGUCCAUGGACGUGCCGUAAUUAAUUAUCUUUAAAGUGUAAUGACUUUUUUAUUGCCGUCUGAUCGGCAGUCGUAAGCUGUAAAAUGAAUUUCCUUCGAAAAUAUUAUAUAUAAAUAGUGUUACGCUAGCAUAUUUUGGAUAUAGUGUCAGUCGCUCCUGGAAUCACAACUAUUCCACGUAGGGGCCGUGCAGUAGGGUGCAUGCAGAUGGUGAUUAACUGAACCUCUGGUACUCGAUCCUUUUUUUGGAGAGAAGUUCAAAAUGUACCAGCUGUAAUGUCUCUAUUACAGCUUUUUAUCGACACUUUAUGAUAAGUGUAUAAGACAAAAACUUUAAUAAAAUACUAAAGGCCAACCAUUCUUCAGAAGUGUAUUAAUAUGAAUUGUAAUGGCUCAAUUACUACGCGAUUCUACGCGAAAGCACGACGAAUAUUAAAAAUGUAACCUCGCGAAAUAAAGAGCACAUUGCCAUUGUGGCAAAUCGAUUCGCACGGGAAUCAUUAGCCCCUGGAAAAACACGCCUUCGUCCGUCGUUUUUACAGGCCGUCAGCCGGAGCUCCUUUGUUCGCGGCGAUCCUCUCUCGCUCUCGUGUGUCUCGUCCAUGCAUCCCCGGCUCUCUUCCUCCUUCGCCCCCCUCCCCCCUCUCCCGCGUCCAAGAGCCGUCCAAGGAAUGUAUACGAGCUUAUACAUACAUACAUACACAGCCGUAGGUGGUCGCUUCAAGGAGGGUCGAUCGGCUGCUCGUGCGUCUGUAAUCUUCUUGAGCGCGGGGGCAUUUUUCCACCUCUUGGCUCCAUGAAUUUCUAUGUUCCACUUCCGUCUCCUGCAGGCGACUCCUCCCUUUCGUCACGUUUGCCCGACGUGGCAUUCCCAGCAUUGUCUCGGCCUCCCGCCUCCUUUUGUCCCUCUCUUUUUCGCGCGCGCGCCUUUUUUCACCUAACUCUCCUCCUUUUCUUUCCUCUUCUUUUUUCGGAAAAGCAGCUCCGCUAUUUUCAGCCUCGCUCCGGCUUCUUCUUUUGCCGCUUCCGCUUCGUCGUCCUUUUGCGAGGGGAAGGCCAGUGAGCUUUACUUUAUUUUCCGUUUUCCGCGGCUCGCUGCUAUUCUUCCUUUACCUGCGGAGGAUCGUCCCCGGCGCUAUGUCUGCGGUAAAUACCGUGUCGGCUGCGUCGCUCUUAUCUUCUUUUUGCUAUCUUAUGCGCGGAAGAGGAAGAGAGAGCUUUGCGAGCCGCAGCGAAAAAAAGACAUUUUUCGGAGAGCACGGCCCUUGUAACUUCGCUUGCUCUUCGCUGAAACAGAGGUACGAAAUGUUUUGGAAUUUGUUCGUGCGACCUGCUCCCACACGGUAUUUUCGGUAUUUUCACAAUACGAAAGCAACAGACUUUCGAUCCACUAAUGCAUUGUUUUUCGUGCGUAGCUCGCAAUAUAAUUAUUUGUUUGAAAUACAUAAGUGAAAAUUAUAAUUCCGAUGGCUGAAUGAAACCGAUCAGGUCGAAUACUUUCGAUCAGCAUAUUUCGCAACUACGAAUCGAAACAAUAAAUGUUCUCGUAACGCGCUUAGUAUGUCAUAUAUUUGACAAAAAUGUUUAUGUAACUGCUUUCUGUCAAAACAGUUUAUACAUGUGCGCUUAUUUGUAUACUCAUCCUAGCAUAACAGCGACGAUUACGGCAAUGUUUGCGCUCGCUGAAAGGAAUUUGCCGAACACCGUUGAGAAAUAUUAAAAUGUUUAUUUAGAACCCACGUAAUAUUUACGUGAGGGUUUGAAACGCUCGAUAAGACACUGUUUAUAACUGCGCUCUCGAGAAGAUUCCAGUUCUCUUAAUGUCGCUGUCGCUGUGAACACCGCCGAACGUACAGAAAUUCUUCUUCGAGCUGUUUUUUAUGAAAUGUGACGAUGCGAUUGUGAAGUUUUAUGACUUGCAUAAAAACGAUUUACGUAUAAGGCCUAAACGAUAAAAAUAUUUUACACUAGAUACAAAAUGAGUAAGCUAUGGAGUCUCUUGAAUUUGCUGGUCGUCUGGGCGUCAGCGGCGCUGGCUUUCGAUCGGGUGGACACUUUGCAAGCAGUCGGCGUGGCUUUCCGACAUGGCGACAGAAUACCACAGCCGUAUCCAAUAGGUUUCUACCCAACUGAUCCUCACAAAAAUCGGACGUUUGCACCCAUAGGAUCCUCCGGUUUGACGAACCGAGGAAAACGGAGAGAAUACAGGAUCGGAACUACUCUGCGGAGUCGUUACAACGGAUUUUUAGACGAGAACUACAUAGGAUCAGACGUGGCCGCUCUCAGCACCGACAAUGAACGUACCCGCAUGAGUCUGCAGCUUGUUUUGGCGGGACUUUAUCCACCAAAAGACCAGCAAGUAUGGAGCGAUGACGUGAAGUGGCAACCCAUUCCCGUGGAUAAUUUGAUUUCGGAUUUGGCGAGCUUCACUUGGGCGGAAAAAUGUCCUACACGAGCGAAGAUCUAUAAAGAGUUGUUGGAGUCCGAGGAUUACAAGAAGGAUUUUGGUCGUUUCAAAGAAGUCAUGGAUAAACUGUCAACUCUGACAGGUAGGAACUUGCAAACCGCAGAAGAAGUCUACCAUCUGUUUCACACACUGACAGCCGAGACAGCGAUGGGUCUGACUCUUCCCGAAUGGACCAAGGAGUAUUACCCGCAUGGGCCCAUCAUCAACAUAACACUGUUCCAGUACCUGACGGAUAACUACAACACUCCCUUGAAGCGAUUGAACGGAGGACUCUUCCUUCGAAAGAUGCUCAAUGAUCUGGGCGUGAACAAGGAUGGCAAGGUCGAAAAGAAGGCGAAGAUCAAUUUGUACAGCGGACACGAGAACAACAUUGGAGCAUUGCUGUAUGCUUUGAAAGUGUGGAAGAACGUCAUUCCGGCAUAUUCCAGCGCUGUGAUUCUCGAGCUUCACAAGAAGGGAUCUCAGUACUUCAUCAAGGUUGUGUACUACAAAGGAAUUCCCGAGGAGUUCGAGGACCAAACGAUACCCGGCUGCUCGGAGUACUGCCCACUCGAAGAUUUCCUUCGCAUCGUGAAGGACGUCUUGCCCGAUGACAUAAUGGACGCGUGCUUUGGACCACCCGAAGACAGCCAGCUUAUACCGAAGUCACUCAAUCCAGUCGUAUGGAUCUACGAAAAAAUAAGAUCUUGGUUUUACCUGUAAUAUACUAUAAUAGAAAAAAACUGGUUAGUGAAAAAUAUUGUAAAUAUAGAUGUAACCCAACGAGGCUAAUAAAAUUUUGAUAAAGUUAAGUUAACCCUGAUGGUAGGUCGUAAAAACGCUAA